AACAUCCUGAUCAGGUGAGAGAACCUACCCUCAGAAUUAUAAGCAGCUGCACUUGGGAUGUUGGCUAUUUGAUAACAGGACUGCUUGCCCAGUCACAUGGCUCUCCCGUCAGAACAUGGCUGUGUCAAUGGCUCUCUACUUGCAUUAAGUUGCCCAUCACGCCAGGUGCUGUGCCAGAUCGUGGGGGACAUUGACCUCUCCAUAUCCAUCUAUCAGAACCUGACGCUGGCCACUGGCUUGUUGCCCACCGUAACUCAAAACUAUGACUUCCUUAUUGGUUUGCUGUUGGCUGUGCUGUCCAGCCUCCUUAUUGGCAGCAGCGUCAUCCUCAAAAAGAAAGGGCUCCUCCGCCUGUGUCGCCACGGUGGGACUCGUGCAGUGGGAGGAGGCGAAGCUGCCAAUUUUGCUGCUUAUGCAUUUGCACCGGCCACCAUUGUCACUCCCCUGGGGGCGCUCAGUGUCCUAAUCAGCGCUGUGCUGUCCUCUUACCUGCUCGGAGAGCGCCUGAAUCUCUUAGGGAAGCUGGGCUGUACCCUCAGUGUCCUAGGAAGCACUGUCAUGGUCAUCCAUGCCCCUGAGGAGCAAGCGGUUACCACCUUAGCAGACAUGACCCUCAAACUGCAGGAUCCAGGUUUCAUAGCUUAUAUCAGUCUCAUGCUGGUCUGCUGUUUGGUUUUGAUCUUCCUCCUUUCCCCUCGUUAUGGCCACACCAACAUCCUUAUCUACCUGGCUAUCUGCUCGCUUUUGGGUGCCUUCUCAGUGUCUUCGGUGAAAGGUUUGGGAAUUGCAGUAAAGGGCCUGAUCAUUGGACAGCCUGUUAUCACACACCCUCUGCCCUGGAUCCUUAUACCUAUCUUGAUCUUAUCGGUUAUUACCCAAGUCAACUACCUUAACAAGUCUUUGGACGUAUUCAACACCUCCUUAGUUUUCCCUAUCUACUAUGUGCUGUUCACAAGUGUGGUUAUAGCUACCUCCCUUAUCCUCUUCAAGGAAUGGGUGUCCAUGUCUGCACUGGAUGGAGUUGGAGCAGUCUGCGGCUUUCUCAUCAUCAUUAUGGGGGUCUUCAUGUUGCACGCUUUUAAGGACCUAGACCUCAGUCUGCAAAGUCUUCAGCAACAACUACAGACACGUCCCCCAUUACCUCCUCUCCGCUUCUCCUCAAAGGAGGACAAGAUUACGUUGAUAGACAAUAUGGAGAUAGAGUCCAUAGACAGCAAACCCAAGGUCUUCGUCAUUUACACUUGAGACCGGCCAAAAUAUUUAGGCCUUCAAAGCUGAUGGCUUUCAUUUUCAAAGCAAGUAUAUGUACAGAACUGUGUUGGAAUAACAAAUGUAUUCUGUUUGGUCAUGAAAAGCUCACAAAGAAGACUCUUGUAGCCCCCCUCUUUUUCAAAUCCUAUAUUGGAGACCAAUUGGACAGUCUCCUCCCACAUAUGGAUGCCUUGAUUUGCUAUGAGUGACAUUAUUAUGCCAGGAGCAAUUGUAAAUAUAUAUAGUUGUUUAUUGAGACCAUUUCAGAGGAAAUAUUCUAUAUUGUGGCUCUCAAAUCCCACAGUGUAGGCAUCUCCAAUGGGUAUUAGUGGAUCAGUAUCUCAAUGAACAUUCUCUUGCUAGGAAUGAACGUUACUUGAUAUAAAAUGAAUGGGCAUAAAAUGUUAUGAUUCUCAGCAGGAGAGCUGCAAUUAUAUGUAUAAUGUUUUAUGUCCAGCUGGUCGGGGUAUUCGGCCUCUAGUUUUUCCACUCCUCCAUCCAUGCUAAAUGUUUGUUUCAGCCAGAAAAAUCUAGAGCCUGCCAUUUCCUUGUGCCCCGGUUGCUAGUAUUUUGUCAUCUUUUCAUUUUCAUAUCCCAAUAUUUUGUUCUGUAUAGUUUUUAUUUUUAUAUAUUUUUUUGCUGUCUAAUGACUAAUCUAUUUUUAAAGCACUGUUCUUUUGUAAGUUAUAAAAGUUCCCCUUUUUUAACUGCU